ACCAUAUACAUGUACCUUACCAAUUAAUUUUUAAUUUAUUUUGCAAUUUGCUGUUAAUCUAAUUUUUACUUACAUAUAUAUAUAAUAUAUAUUCCAACUUUUACUGUAAACUUAUUGUUAUUGUUAGUCAACCUAUUAGAAUAUUUUUAGGUUAAUUUUACAAUUUUUAUGUUAACAUAGUCAACGUAUUUGUUACAAUUUUUCCUAUUAAUAUAAACUUUAUUUUCAAAUACUCGUAGUAUUCUUAUGAUAAUAAAAUAACAGUUUUAAUAGAAUAUUGGAAUGCCACGAAACAAGGCUGUUGAAGAAACGGAUAAACAAAUCCGAAUAGCUAUCGUCAACAAUGAUAAGUGUAAACCCAAGCGAUGUCGUCAAGAGUGUAAAAAAUCCUGUCCUGUUGUUAGGAUGGGAAAAUUAUGCAUAGAAGUAGCAUCCAAUGACAAAAUAGCUUCCAUAUCUGAAGAAUUAUGUAUUGGUUGCGGUAUUUGUGUUAAGAAAUGUCCAUUUGAAGCAAUAACAAUUAUAAAUUUGCCUAGCAAUUUGGAAAAAGAUACAACUCAUAGAUACUCAAAAAAUUCAUUUAAAUUGCAUAGAUUACCUACACCAAGGCAAGGUGAAGUCCUAGGUUUGGUUGGAACUAAUGGUAUAGGAAAAUCUACUGCGUUAAAAAUCCUAGCUGGCAAACAAAAACCAAAUCUUGGACGUUUUUCAGAUCCUCCAGAUUGGUCUGAAAUUUUAAAUCAUUUUAGAGGUUCAGAAUUGCAAAAUUACUUUACAAAAAUUUUAGAAGACGAUCUAAAAGCUAUGAUUAAACCCCAAUAUGUAGAUCAAAUUCCGAAAGCUGUUAAGGGUACUGUUCAACAGUUAUUAGAUAAAAAGAAUGAACGAAAUAACAUCGAGCAGAUCUGUGAUUUUCUAGAAUUAGAUAAAAUUCGAGAUAGAUCUAUUGAACAACUUUCUGGAGGGGAGUUGCAACGUUUUGCUUGUGCCAUGGUCUGUAUACAAAAUGGAGAUAUAUUUAUGUUUGAUGAACCAUCUAGUUAUCUUGAUGUAAAACAACGUUUAAAGGCUGCCCUUACGAUUCGUUCGCUAAUAGCUCCCGAUAAGUAUAUUAUUGUGGUAGAGCAUGAUUUAUCUGUGCUGGAUUAUCUAUCUGAUCAUAUUUGUUGUCUCUAUGGAGUACCUGGUGCUUAUGGUGUUGUAACCAUGCCUUUCUCAGUGCGAGAAGGUAUAAAUAUAUUCUUGGAUGGAUUUGUGCCAACUGAAAAUCUUCGUUUUCGGGAUGAAAGUCUUGUGUUCAAAGUUGCAGAGAGUGCUUCCGAGGAAGAAAUUAAAAGAAUGACUCAUUAUGAAUAUCCGGAGAUGACUAAAACAUUAGGAAACUUUUCUUUAAAGGUUGAAAAUGGACAAUUCACAGACUCUGAAAUUUUGGUACUUUUGGGUGAAAACGGUACUGGAAAAACCACAUUUAUAAAACUUCUGGCUGGAAUCAUGCCACCUGAUGGUGCUAAAGCUGAUUUGCCACGGUUAAACGUAAGCUAUAAACCACAAAAAAUCAGUCCGAAGAGUCAAUGUAUGGUGCGUGUGCUUUUACAUGAAAAAAUACGAGAUGCCUAUGUACACCCACAAUUUGUAACAGAAGUUAUGAAACCAUUAAAAAUCGAUGACAUCAUGGAUCAAGAAGUUCAAAAUUUGUCUGGUGGUGAACUCCAGCGAGUAGCUAUUGCGCUUUGUUUAGGAAAACCUGCCGACAUAUAUUUAAUUGAUGAGCCGUCGGCUUACUUAGACUCUGAACAACGUCUAGUGGCUGCUAAAGUUAUUAAACGUUUCAUAUUGCAUGCCAAAAAGACUGGAUUUGUAGUGGAGCACGAUUUUAUUAUGGCUACUUAUUUAGCUGAUAGAGUUAUUGUAUUGGAAGGUCAGCCAUCAGUAACAUCAACUGCUAACACUCCCCAAGGACUACUAGCAGGAAUGAAUAGGUUUUUGGAAUUACUUGGAAUUACAUUCCGAAGAGACCCUAACAAUUUCCGGCCUCGUAUCAAUAAAACUAAUUCUGUAAAGGAUGUCGACCAAAAAAGAGCUGGGCAGUAUUUCUUCUUGGAAGAUUAAUUGUACUGUUUAUUUGUUUUUGUUAAAUCUCUUAACUUAAUACAAUGUAUAUUAUACAUUAUUGUAAAGUAAUCCAAAUAUCUAUUUUACAUAGGUAUAUAUUUACAAUUAUUUCGUUUACAUAAAUGUUAAUAAUUAACUAAAUAUCAAAAAACAAUUUUAAAUAAUUUUAUUUUUACAAGCCGCAUAUUAAAUAUCAUUCACUGACAAAGGGAUAUAAAAAAAGUCACCAAUUUUCAUUGAACUUGGGAAUCAAUUUGAAAUUAAAAUAAAAUCACAUUAUGUCAUUCUUAACUAUUAAACAGAUCUGUUGCGCAAGUGCAUGUGUGGUGUCAUUUUCAUUUAAGAUUAACCUCCUGAAGUUUUAUUAAAAUCAGUGGCUCUUAGUUAAUCCUCUUGUGAGUGCACUAUACGCCUUUCA